AUGGGGAGAACGGGGUGGGGGUGGGGGCUAAGGCUCCAGAGCAAGGCCCCCUCCCCGCAGCCUGCCCCUACCAUCAGCCCUGUGAGGACCUGUGCAGGAAGAAUAGACAUAAAGGGCCUGGGCCCACUCAGGACCGAGGAUGAACACUUUGAUGACACCCCAGAGAGAGGAGGCUCCCCUGAAAUUGCUUUCCUUGAGAAACCUUAUGCAGGUUUGUCCAGAGCUGAUGUAGACUCACCUGAGUCUCCCAGGUAUCAGGAAAUUGAGAUCUGUGGUCUGAAGCGAAGCUUCAGGCUGGUGGCCUCCAUCGACCAGCUGCUACCCACCCUUGUGCCAGCUGCCCCCAGGAAAGCCAAGAUGCAUGAGGAUCAGAGGAGUCAGCUCUACAGGCCUGAAGGACAACCCCAGGCCCAAGGAGAGGCACCAGGUAGUGAAUUCCAUGAUGGCGCAGGUGCCUGCCAGGACCCAACAGCACAUGAAUCCUCACAUCUGGGAACACUAGAAGUGAAGAUGGGUGAGUUGCUGCAGCUCCUGCUCCAUAAGUAUCGAAUGAAGGAGCCGAUCGCCAAAGCAGAAAUGCUGUCAUGUGUCGGCAAAAAUUAUGAAGACCAAUUCCCUGCGAUCUUCAGUAAGGUGUGUGAGUGCAUGCAGCUGGCCCUUGGCAUUGAUGUGAAGGAAGUAGACCCCGUGGGUCACUCCUAUGUGCUUAACACUGCCCUGGGCCUCACCUAUGAUGGGAUGCUGGAUGAUGAUCAGAGCAUGCCCAAGACUAGCCUCCUGAUAAUGAUACUGGGCCUGAUCUUCUCAGAAGGCAACUGUGCCCUUGAGAAGGAGCUGUGGGAAUCUCUGAGUGUCAUGGGGGUGUAUGCUGACAGGGAGCACCACAUCUAUGGGGAGCCCAGGAAGCUCCUGACUGAAGAAUGGGUGCGGGAAGGUUACCUGGAGUACUUGCAGGUGCCCCACAGUGAUCCUGCUUGCUGUGUGUUCUUGUGGGGGCCAAGGGCCCAUGCUGAAACCACCAAGAUGAGAGUCCUGGAGUAUUUGGCCAAGUUCAGUAACACUGAUGCCAGAUCCUUCGCAUCUCUGUAUGAAGAGGCUCUAAGGGAUGAGCAAGCAAGGGCCCAAGCAGGAGAUGCAGUUGGGGCCGGUGGGGGAGCCAGGGCCUGA